AGCAAUCUGGACUGAAAGAUAGAUAGGAAGGUUAUACGCCUUUGCUAGCCGCGGUUGUCUUUGACAUUUGGUUCACCAUUGUCUAUAGUGCUUAUUUUAACAUGUAAAAUAAGGUUCAUUUUCAAUGUGCACUGAAUAGCUCAAAUUGGUUGAUGGAAUUUGUCUACUACCAGCAUAUUGUCCGAUUAAGAAGGGUUUUCAUGUGCUAUUCUUAGAAAUCAACUCGGUGCUAACAAACAUCAUGGUUUGACAGUUUUGGCCUGGGAAACUGACCUGACCGUUUAUUUUGUUUUCGAAUAAUAUAACCUACUUUCAGCUGACAGCAUCAAGACAAAGGAACUGAGGAUUAUUUUCACCCGGAAGAAGACCCGCGAGGACAUGGGUGGCAAAGUCAGUAGCAAAAUGGCUGCGGUUGGGCGGGUGGUACAGGUACGCUUGUCAAACUGGGAUAAUUAUCGCUCUGCAACCACACUUGUAACUCAAGCUGUGAAACCUCAUGCUCCACAAAUCAAGUUUCCCAGCAGAGAGGGGGUCCCCAGGCUGAAUGUCCAAGAGACUCUUAAAACAUUAGCAGUCAGCUCUCCUAGUUCAUCUCCAGUUGUAGCGCCGCCGCUGUUAUCGAGACCCCCCGGUCCUGUCACUCUACUCCCUGGAACCCCAGACAGUGUGGCCACAGUGAAGGAACUCCCUCAGAGAUACCGCAGGAGGGCAUUGGAAGCAGACGAGAUGGACUAUAUUCAGCGUGGUGGACCAGAGUGAUGUUAAGUGACUCUGUGAAUGCAACCCAAAUCCUUACCUGUGGAAAUCCGUUCCUCAACAAGAGAGGACCUGCUGCCACACCUCAUCAGACAUCAUGCAGAAUAAAGAUACUAUAAUUCAUGUUGAAAUUGUACAAAUAAAGUUUAUUUUUAAAGA